ACUUUCACUUUUGUUUCUUCACAAGUCACUUCCUUGUUUGUCUGACUGAUUCUCUCUGCCUGCCUCUCCUCAGACUGCAAUGGUCGAAGCCCAGCUGUGUGAUUUACAGGAUGAGUUCAUCUGCUUGCUGUGUGUGGAGACCCUGACUGACCCCGUCUCAAUCCCCUGUGGUCACAGUUUCUGUCUGAAGUGCCUCAAGGACUGCUGGGAUCAGAGCCAAGAGUGCUGCUGCCCUCAGUGUAAAGAGAACUUCGCCACGAGGCCUGUGCUGCGAAAAAACACUGUGCUGAAUGAAGUUGUCAAGAAAUUAAAGACAGCAACUAGUUCUCCUUCUCCACCUGCUCUGUCUCAGAAUUAUGCCAGCCCUGGAGAUGUGAAGUGUGACGCCUGUACUGGGAAGAAGUUCAGAGCAGUGAAGACCUGCCUGACCUGCAUGGCCUCCUACUGUCAGACUCACCUGCAGCCUCACUUUGAAAUAGCAGCCUGGAAGGACCACAAGCUGACUGAUCCUGAUGGAAAUCUGAAGGAGAAAUUCUGUGCAAAACAUCAGAAAUGCUUGGAAAUAUAUUGCAAAACUGAGGAGACUUGCAUCUGCUUAAUGUGCGGAAUGACUGAACACAACCAUCAUGAAAUGGUUGCACUGGAGGCAGAAAGAGAAGAAAAAAAAAACCAGAUGGAUGAGACCAUGAACGAAAUUGACAGGAGACUUGAGGAUAGAGAGAAGAAACUAAAGGAGUUGAGGAGGGCGAUGGAGCAAAUGAAGAUCUCUGUUGAAAGAGAAUUGGAGGAAAAUGAGAACAGCUUCACUGAUCUGAUUCGCUGCAUUGAAGAAGGACACAGAAAACUGACUGAGAGGAUCAGAGAACAAGAAAGGAAAGAAAUGGAGAAGGCUGAAGGAGUCGUGAAGGGACUGGAGAAGGAGAUCGAGGAGCUGAAGAGGAGAAAUGCUGAGCUGAAGGAGCUUUCAGAGACCAAGGACAACGUCCACUUCCUGCAGACUUUCUCAUCUCUCUGUGUCCUUCCUGCUGAUGGAGACUCACUGAGGUUCACUGCCACUGCUGAUUUCUCUUCUGAAGAAUUGAGAAAGGAGCUGUCAUGUUUGAUAAAGGGUCUGGAGAAGAUCAGUCAGUGGGAGAUAAGGACAUGGACUCCAUCAGGUUGUGAAACCCAAAACUUCACCUUAUGGCCUCUGGAACCUCAGAGCAGAGAGGAAUUUUUACGAUACUUCUGUCCACUCACACUGGACAUCAACACGGCACACAGACGCCUCUGUCUGACUGAAGGGAACAAGAAGGUGACACAUGAAGUUUCAGUGACCGAAUAUCCAGAUCAUCCUGACAGAUUUGACUUCUGGCCCCAAGUUCUAUGCAGAGAGGCUCUGACUGGGACUCGCUGUUACUGGGAGGUGGAGUGGGGUGGAAAUAGUGGGAGGAUAGGUGUCACCUAUAAAGGACUGACCAGAAAAGGUGUGGGCGAGGAGUGUCGUCUUGGAUGCAAUGUCAAGUCCUGGAGUUUGUUUUGUUCUAAUUCCCAGUACUUUGCACAUCACAAUGAUAGGCAGACUGUAAUCUGCUCCCACUACAGCCCCAGAAUAGGUGUGUAUCUGAACUGGCCUGCUGGCACCCUGUCAUUUUAUAGCGUCUCACACACAAUGACCCUGCUAUACAGUUUCAAAACCUCCUUCACCGAGUUGCUCUAUCCAGGGUUUGGGCUUGGUCCUGACUCAAGUGUCAUGAUCUGCCACCUUUGACCACUGACCAGUGCCCUCCACUGGACACUUGAUGUCUUCAUAAGCACAGGUCCUCAUUGUGUUUGAAGAUUGAGAUCAAAAUUAAUUUUACAGCAAUGUUGGGGGACAGCACCUCUGUGACUGAAUUUGGGGAUGAAAAUGCAGGGUGAUUGCAGCUGUCUCCAUUAUUACUGUGCAUUUCCUCCAUCCCACUGUCAGAUUUAUUAUCAUCAUUCACACUCGAGGAGAUGAGUCAACCGACUGACUUCACCAUCACUGUCAUCUGUAGCAGAGCAACGGGCACUAAGCAAACUCCUGCCAAUCAUGGAGAAUCCGCUGAAUCCACUGAACAGUG